UUCAAUAAACAUUUGACAUUUUUAAAAGUCCUGAGCCUUUUCAGUGAGUCCCCUUUAAGACAUUGAUUCAAAACAAGUUAGAACAUGGAUGCAAAUGCAACAUGAGGAAACACGAGUGUGUUUUGAAAGUGUGACAAAAAACCCAAACAUGAACACACAGGAAGCAGGAAGUGUGAUUUGCGAUAACUUUUCUCUGUGUGUGUGUGUGUGAGUUUGUGUGUGUGUGUUUGUGUAAUUAAACACUGACCUAUGCUAAAAAUUGAGCAUAAUGUCUUUGAAACUACCUCGCCACUGGGAUUUUAGCACUUUUAAAACCGAGACAGCACGGAUAGCUCGGUGCAAGAGCAUACUACCCGGUGAGGGAAUCCCAAGUGUGGGUUCACGGCUCUCCACCAGGUCCAUGGAGAAGCCUCUAAAAGCCGGCUGGCUCAAGAAACAGCAAAGGUCUCUAGUGAAGAACUGGCAGCAGCGCUACUUUGUGCUGAGGGGCAGCACUCUAACCUACCACAAGGAUGACAGAGAGACGACCAUCUUGGGACUCAUCCCGCUGCAGUUCAGUAAGAUCAAUGAACUCACCCCAAACUCGGAUGAAAACGGGAAAUAUAUCUUCGAAAUCAUACCAGGUACAAAUGGGGACAAAGAACGCUGCCCUUAUGUGUUCAUGGCCAGCUCCCAGACUGAUAUGGAGGAGUGGGUCCGCACGCUGCGCAGGGUCAUCGGUGUUCCGAGUGGAGUCUUUGGAAAAAGUCUGAAGGACACCGUGGCGUAUGAGCAACGUUUUGGGCCCCACAUGGUGCCAAUCCUUGUCCAGAAGUGCGCGGAAUACAUCAGAGAACACGGUCUAAACGAGGAAGGCAUCUUCCGACUUCCUGGACAAGACAACUCAGUCAAAGAAUUCAGAGACGCCUUCGAUGCAGGAGAGAGGCCGUCUUUCCCCAGUGGCACAGAUGUGCACACAGUGGCGUCACUUUUUAAACUUUACUUACGGGACCUGCCGGAACCUGUGAUACCAUGGACUCAGUACCAGAAUUUCCUGGACUGCACCAACCUGCUGGAUUCCAACAAAGACGAAGGCCAAGAGAUGUUGGAGAAACAGAUCUCCCUCCUCCCGCCAGUCAACUACAAUCUUCUAAGCUACAUCUGUCGGUUCUUGUUUGAGGUGCAGCUGAACUCGAAAGUCAACAAGAUGAGUGUGGAAAACCUGGCCACGGUGAUGGGAAUCAACCUGCUCAAACCCCAGAUACAAGACCCCUUCUCAGUGAUGAACGCAACGCCUCACAUCCAGAAGUUGAUGACGGAGAUGAUCAGACGGCAUGUGACAUUGUUCCCUCUCAGCAAAGAUGUUCCUCCUUCAUCUCCCUCCAACAAGACCGGGAACCAGAAGAACUCUCCUCGCAACUUUGUUGGCUGGGAGUCCACUGAGAUGGAUGAGGCGGAGUGCCACCACAGUCCAGGUCCCAGGAGAGGAAACUUCAGAGAUGUCCUUCAAGAUCCUCCUCUUUCAUUUUCUUCUGACAGCUGGCAAGGAAGCGCUCGCAAACGUACACAAACCCUACCCGCGUUCAACUGCCCCCUUACGGGGAUGGCGGCAAAGGCAGGCGCCGUCAACCGUUGGAGUCGCAUCCAAGAUACGGUGGAGAAAAGUGGUACUUUAUCAGAGGACAUUUUUAAGAUCUUGGAUCUCCGAAAUUCAGGAUCUUUGUUCAGUGGUUCACCAAGAAGCUCCAAGGACGGAGAAGCAAACUUCAACGGUGGAGACGGAGCAGUCAAGAAUGGUUCUUCUCCUAAUAUUUCCCCAAAAACUGACAGUGACUCACAACCUUCUCAGGCCCAAAAGAGCGCAGAACCCUUGACAGGAAGUGGAUCAGCUCAGGAAGUCAACACCAGAAGGGACAGCCAGAACUUUGAUAGUAUGAAGCAGGAGAUGAAGAAGUUGAAGGCUGCAAUAGCGGAGCUCCAGUCUACUCUAGAGGCUGAACGUUGCCGGGUGGCAGAUUUGGAAGCACGUCUGAGAAACACGGAGAGCAGCCGAGAUGAAGCUCAGAGACAAAAUGAAGAACUUCAAAGGCACAUUCAGAAGCUCCUUUGUGGAGAACAUCAUGCCCCCACUUAACGGUUCCUUGGACCCUCGAUAGACAUGAACUGGAAAUGUCUAAUGUUAUUGUUUUAUGGCUAACAUGCAAUAAUAUUCUGAAAGACUUUCUAGGUGUUUCAGAUGGGGACCUGUGUUGUUUAGCAGACAGGAAGUGAUGUCAGGGUUCAGAUUUCAGUUUUGUUAUUAAUUAGGGAAUAAUUUGCCUGUUGUGAGAUCGUUCAAAACUGCAAUAAAAGUGUGUAG